AUGCAAAUUACUGCUUAUAUUUGGGAACGGGAAGGCCCUCAGGGGUUCUUUUCCGGUGUCAAAUCUAUGAUGAUUGGCCAAGCAAUUGUCAAAGCCAUGGCUUUCUCAACAAAUGCCUACAUGAUUGACUUUUUGCAAGUCAACCCCCUCACACACAAUCUGCCGCACUCCGCGACACUUUUAAUGGCCGCAUGCAUGGCUGGGUUUGUCGCAUCCUUUGUGGUGACUCCCGUGGAACGCGUCUCGGUGCUCAUGCAAGCCCAGCAGACAAACAAAUAUGCGUCUGAAAUGGACUGCUUUUUGUCAGUCUUGCGAAAAGAAGGACCCGGCGACUUGUUUACACGCGGGCUCGGAGCCACACUGUGCCGAGAGGUGCCUUCGGACGGCAUCUACUUCUGGUUGUACGGUCUUCUUAUGGCCAGUCCGUACGUUGGACUCGUUCCGGCAGCUUUGGCACCUUUGCUCUUUGGCGGCUUUGCCGGAAUGGCUUCAUGGUUGCCCAUUUAUCCUGUGGAUCAAGUCAAAACGAUUAUACAAAACACGGAUGAUGAACAAGCAGAGAACAAGUCCAUGUGGUCCGUCACGCAACAGCUGUAUCGGGAUGGCGGUGUGGCGGCGUUUUAUGAUGGGCUCGACGCCAAGCUUUUGCGAGCGUUUGUGCAUCACGCUUUUACGUUUGGUACGUUC